AUGGGCGAUCGCUUGACUCAACUUCAGGAUGCUGUUGAUCAGCUUGCGCAGCAAUUCGUUGCAUGCUUACACUAUGUAAACAAGCGACAUGAUCUGGAAACCUUCGGUCCCAACGACAAGAUUCGCGACGUUAAAGAUGCCCCGAAAGAGGUCGAUUCCCUACCCCCGGACGAGUUUCGAGCUGGAAUGGUCGAAUUGUCGCAAGACUUGAUUCUCAAGGAACAGCAGAUUGAAGUGCUCAUCUCCUCGCUCCCAGGCCUGGACAACAGCGAGAUGGAUCAGGAAAGAUACAUCAAGGAACUCGAGGAGGAUUUGAAGGUCGCCGAGGCCCAGCGCCAAGAAGCUAUCAAGGAGAAGGACCAAAUACUGUCCGAGCUGGAUUCUGUCAUCAGCAGCAUCCGACGUCCUUGA